AUGUCUCCCGAGACGACCCUUCGCCGCACCACCACCAGCCUACAAGUCCAUCCUCCCACCAUCCUCGGCACCUCCACAAUCUCUCUUCGUCUUCUCACCCCGUCCGUCGCAGCCUGGAUUCCCAUCAAGCGCAAGCCGCUCUCCUCGACGGCCGCCUCACCGCGCUCCUUGCCCGGCUUCACUCCCCUUGCCACCGACCAGCCCCAUCAGAGGUUCGCCAGGCCCCUCACUCUCGACAGCCCGACCCUCUACGACUUCUCCCCGUCGUCGUCGGCACGACCACUUCGGCACUCGUACCAAUCCCCCACCAGGACAACGCCUGUCGACGCGGAUACGCCCGCGGCGCGCAGCAUUCCAUCGGACCACGACGGCUCCCCUCUAGUCCCCGCAACAGAACUGUCGGAUGUCCUGUCUGAGUAUGACGACCUGAUAUCUGAAAGAUCCGUCUCCGAUGCAGACGCAGCCUGUGACGGAACCUCUACAAACAUAAUAGACGACAGCUCCGACGACGUCGAUUCAAGAUACGACGCCGAGCCCUCUAAUAAUAAUCUACUCCCGCCUCCCAUGUUUGCGCCAAAGCCAGUCCCGCCGCAUCUUAGGCUCCAGCAGGUCGACAUUUCACUAACUCAUCUCAAGCGCCAAUCCAUUUCUGAAUCAAUCUCCCCAGAAUCGGCAAGGCUCAGCAAGCCGCAGUCCAAGUCUCCAAGCCAGGCAUCUCCUUUCACCUCUUUGUUUGGCUGGAGCAACCUGUCGCCGUCCGUGACUGACUUCUCGUCCAUACUCUCUCCUUUGUCGCCCUCGCGCAAGGACUCUGCGGAUGACGCGCUGCACGCAAACCAGACUUGGUCCGACUCUUCAAAGGCCAAUGCUGCCACCGCAAACCCCAUCAACUACUGUGAAUCUUAUCUAUCCACUCCUCCGCCGUCUCAGGCUCUUUCGUCCGUCCAGGUUGAAGAGAUGGAAGAGGAGCUCAAGGCCAUCAGCUCCGAGCUGGCCGCGUCCAUCCGGCGUGAGAUGGACCUGGAGGACCUCGUCGACAGGCUCCAGGACCAAGUCAGCAACCCUCAGGCACCCAGCAAGAGAACGAGCGACUACUUCUCCGACUCGGGCUACAGCUCGGCCAAGCUGAGCGAUCACGAGCAGAGCAGAGAGGAAGUCGAGAAGAUUCAGAGACGAUCAGAGCAAGAAAAGGCCUCGAUCCGCCUGGAGCUAACCAACAAGCUGCAAGAUGAGAGGUCCAAAAGGAAAGCCCUGGAUCAGCAGAUCAAGGAGCUGGCGGAGAAGGCGUCCCAGAUGGACCUGGCCAACAUCAACAGCCUAGACGCCAACGGCCGGGUCAGGGACCUGGAAAACACGUGUGAGGACCUGAGGCGCAGGCUGUCAGAGGAGCGCGACUCCAAGAACAACUUUGAGGACCUGCUCGCCGCGCUCAAGGGCGAGCUUCGAGUUGCCUGCAACGAGCGCGACAACCUCCGCGACGAGGUGGUCCCGCAGCUGCGCGCACGAGUCGAGGGGCUCGAGUCCGAGGCCGCCUCGUACGCCAACCUCACCUAUGAAUCGACCAAGAUGCAGCAGCAGCUCCAGUCCCUGCAGCAGGAAAACACGUCGCUCCGCAACUCGCCGGCGUCCAUGUCGGACGAGUUUGGCGGCCUCACGCAGUCCAACUCGGCGGCCACGGGCUCGUUUCGGCCUCGAGCGCCGCUCGUCGCCAGCGGUCUGUCGAGGUCCGACAGCGUCAAGAACGUCCAGGCCGAGUCUCGCGAGCAACUCGCCGAGCGGCUCAAGGAUGUCGAGGCGCAGCGUGACGCCCUCCACAGCGCGCUCAAGAACCUGCUCGAGAGGCAGGAAUUUCAGAACCGCGAGAACCAAAAGAAGAUUGAGAUACUGGAAACCGAACGCCAACGCCUAUUGGCCGAGUCGCCCAAGAAGGCCGGAUUCGAGCGGGACAUUGCGAACCUGCGCACCGAAAUCAACGUCUUGCGGCGACGGGCCGAAGACGCACUGGAACAGAAGUGGCAGAUGGAAAAGGGCCUCGUCGGGCUCAAGAUGGACCUCGAUAGGGCCGAGGAGGAGAUUGCGUCGCUCCGCAGCCUGCUCAAGGAAAAGGACAUUCUCAUCCCCCCGUCGAUGGCCCGCUCCAGCAGCCCCGGCGGAGCGACGGCCGCGCCCAUCACGUCGGAUUCGCUCGAGAAGGCAUACCGAGAGCUCCAAGACGCGUACCAACAGUCGCUGGAUCGCAUCAAGAGGCUCGAGACGGACUCGGUCGACGGGCUCUCGGACGAGAAGACCAAGCUUGCCAUGCAGCGCCUGGAACAGGCCCUCUCUGCCGCCACCUUUGAGCGCGACGCGGCGAAGCAGCAUGCCAGAAGCCUCCAGAGCCAAAUCAGCAGUCUGACGGACAUUGAGUCCAAGAGCACGGCGCGGGAGAAGGAGCUGGCGGAUGAGCUCAGCGAAUCGGCGCAACGGGUCGAGCAGUUAGCAUCCGAGGUUCGACAGCAGCUGUCCAAGAAUGCCGAGCUUCGGGAUCGCCUAUCCAACACGGUGACGAGAGGCGACGCGGACCGCAAGGCCAACUCGGAACGCAUCAGCGGCCUCCAGGAACGCCUCCACGCGCUCGAGGAGCAGCUGGUGGCUGCCCAGACGGCAUCGGAGGACCGGGUCGGGCGCCACGAGGAGGAAAUAUCGCAACUGCGCGAGGCGCACAACGAGCAGCUGCGCCGAAUCAACAACGGAUCCGGCGUGGGCAGGAUGUCGACGCCAAAGUCACCUCUGCUACGGUCGGAGACGGGUAUGUUUGGUCGCUCCUCGCAAUCCAUAGCCACCAAGAGCUUCGAAGAGGCGAGUCUGAUCAAGGAGCUCCGAGAGCGGGUCACGGAGCUCGAGAAGGCGCUCGUUGACGCCGAAAAGGAGAUCCAGCAGGUGGUGGGCAAGAUGAGCGAAGCGCAGAUCGAGGUGAUGAACCUGCAGGAGGAGCGCGAGACGGCCCUCCGAGAGACUAGACGUCUGCAGAAAACGCUGGCCGACGAGCAGGCCAAGGCUUUUGAGGAGCGCUUCAAGACGCUCAACGGAAUGGCUGCCUAG